CACUGGCAAGGACUUUGUCAUUGUGGCGGCGUCUAAGGCCACUAUGAGGGGUCCGACUAUUAUCAAGGCCGAGGAUGACAAGACACGACAGCUGAACAAGAACAGCCUUAUGGCUUUCUCGGGAGAGGCGGGAGAUACCGUACAAUUUGCGGAAUACAUCCAAGCCAACAUCCAGCUUUACACGAUGCGGAACGACACCGAACUGGGACCGAAUGCAGUGGCCAACUUUGUCCGAGGAGAACUGGCACGGAGUUUGCGAUCGCGCAGCCCGUACACGGUCAACCUGUUGCUGGCUGGCGUGGACCCCAUCUCCGAAAAGCCAAACCUAUACUGGAUCGACUACCUGGCAUCGCUGGCGCCCGUUCCAUAUGCGGCCCACGGAUAUGCCCAAUACUACUGCUUGUCGACCCUCGAUAAACAUCACCACCCCGAUAUCACGCUCGAGCAAGGCCUCAAGCUCCUAGAGAUGUGCACGGACGAGCUGAAGCGCAGACUACCGAUCGACUACAAAGGAGUCCUAGUCAAGGUCAUAUCCAAGGAUGGCGUGAAGGAAGUGGACUUUGAUAACGACAGGAUCGUCAAGAGUGCUUAAUGCGGUGUUGUAUCAUACCAAUAUUAUGAUGUCUUUUGUUUUCGGCUUUACGGGACCUGGGUCUUUUUCUUCCUUCUUUUUGAGGAUCGAUUGCAUGGUAGAAAAUCAAUUCAAUGAACUAGAACUCGAGCGUAGCUG